CAUCGCGAUAUUAUACCCACACACACUACUUAGGUAGUCGACGGUACGCAACGCUGUUUUUUCUCUUCCGCCGCGCUCUGCACGCACGUAGUCGAAUUACACCGGGCGAUGUGUCAUACCCGCGAUGCUCCGUUAUCGUAGGUGUAAGUGAGUCGAGAGCACAGGAGUCGAGUGUCGAAGAAGAAGCAGCAGCAGCAGGAGGAGCCGGAGGCCAUUGAACGGACUCCCGGUGGGAGUCAAAGGUCGACACACGCGCGCCGGCCAGACGCCUUCUCGCUCUUUCUCCAGUAUACAGUGCACAAUAUCUAUCUAUCCCAUAUACGGCUGCUGUACGCGCACGCCGAAAGGAUACGCUCGCGACGCAGACGCAUACGCAGAGGGCCGCUUUGUUGUGCUGCUGCUGCGGAGAAAGAGCGAGAGAAAAGAGCGACUGAAUCGAUUCCAAGAGCAGUCGUCGUCGUCCUCGUGCCCGCGAUGGGCAGCACAAUGUCGAGGAAGGAUGGUAACAAAAUGCUGGUUCACCAGUUAUCGUCCGUUCUACCAGAUGAUCGACCAAUCACAGCAAUAAAUAUCAUAGAAGACUUGGACAAGUGUCCACCCAACUUCACUGUUGUAUCCAGAACUUAUGAUUUAGAUUCCGAUGCUGACUUAUGGCGGGAGAGUGGAUUGUUUAUCAAGAAAAAAUCCAGAUACAUAUGUUUUUCAAAGACUGAAGGAUUACCACAUUCUGUAAUUGAAAAGAUAUUGAUUAUUGACGAGAGAGAACCUCCUCCCAAAGGAUUCAGUAUGAUAUCUCACACUGUGGAUUCAAUGCAAAAAGCGUGGCGUAAAAGGCAACUGUGUUAUAAAAUUAGGAAUAAGGAUUUGUGCUCAUGUGCUGUAUCAGACAUUAUCUUGUGUAGUAGGGUUGGAAAAGGUUCAAAAUUGGCUCCUGACGAAUUCACUUAUGCUGGUGUCAUAAAUGGAGUAUAUGUAUGUUACAAAACAGUUCCCUUACAGACGGGUUCCUUAACUGCACAGCCGUAUGCCAAUAUAGAAUUGUUCCAAACUUCGUCGCCAACUCUGUCAAACGGAACGCCGCACAGAGUGGCACCGGAGAGGCCGCCUAAGCCAAAGUUCGUAGCAAAGCCCACGAACGGACUGUAUCCACAAAUAAGUCCAGUGAGUGCGGGAAAGACGACUGAGAAUAAUGACCAAGACUACGAAGUUCUGAGCCCAAGUGCAAGAAUAAGGCCAACGCGACCGGCGCCAAGGCCGCCGCCGAAUAAAUCACCUCUAGUUAAUUCUGUGCCGGCUACGUACGGAACACUGCCAGGUUCAUCAGAUCUCGAUGGAGUUCCUUUUGUUCUCAACCCUCUUUUGAGCACGAGUGCAACAAAUUCGUUUAGCAAGCAGUUUCCUGUGAUUAAAAUCCGAACUCAGAAAGAGCUGGAUAAAGAGUAUUUCUACGAUUUUCGAACUGAGCGAGAAACUUGAAGGGAGUCAAAUCGUGCCAAUUGAAUUGCUUGAAAUUUACGGAUUUUCAGCUAUACGUAUACAUCUGUAUCGAUAAUAUAGCUCUAGCCAUGUGUAAGAGAGUGCCUGAACGAAUGAUUCAUAACGCGUGAAUAUUCAUCAAUCCAAAAAAGAGAAACAAGCAAAUCCUUCACCGCCUGCAGUGAUAAGGAAGAUGGAGUACUGAUUAAGAGGUGUACUCGCUCAGCUCGCUACGUAAUUUCUCCCACAACUUCCAUGUCUGAUUUAGUUUUUUGAUACCAGUGAUCAUGAGCAUUGUAUUUUUAUAGACUUGCGUUAUCAUUUUAUUGUUCGUAGGAAUUAUAUAAACCUGUAUAAUAUGUUCUAGUUGUUUAUGAAAAAUAUUAUAGAAAUAUUUAACAUCAUCGUACUACUGCGCCAAGAGCUUAUAAAUAUUGAGUAAGACAUUUUUUUGAAUAAAAGGAGAACACUUUUUUUGAUAACUAA